GUGAGAACGAAAAUCACACCCAUCUAUAGAGCCUCUAAAGGAGGGGCCUGUCACUCAUGCCUAUCGAUGCAUUAAGGCCACCAGGUGAACGUUUCACCUCAGUCUUGCUUUCUUUUCUCUCUGACAAGAUAGAAUAAGUCUUUGAUUUUUUUAAAAGUAUUAUUUAUUAUUACUUAGCUGUACUAAAAACUUAGCUCUAAUAUUUUGCUGUAAUCAGGUGAACUCCCUUUCUGAAAAUGGAUAAGUUUCGGAUUAUGCUCCAGUUUUUGCAAGCCAACCAAGAGUCCUUCAUGAAUGGCAUAUGUGGGAUCAUGGCUCUGGCAAGUGCUCAAAUGUAUUCCUCCUUUGAGUUUACCUGUCCUUGCCUUCCAGACUACAAUUACGCGUAUGGAAUCGGCAUUCUAAUAGUGCCACCGAUAUGGUUCUUUUUACUUGGAUAUGUACUUAACAACAACAUAUCAGUGUUAACUGAAGAAUGGAAGAGACCGAUGGGCAAGCGCAGAAAAGAUCCAGCGGUUUUGCGCUACAUGUUCAGCUCCAUGACGCAGCGCGCUCUUAUCGCUCCAGCUGUAUGGAUAGCCGUAACUUUAAUGGAUGGCAAGAGCUUUUUGUGCGCUUUCACUCCCACAGCGGAUUUAUCCGAGUUCGUCAACGUGAGCUAUCAAAGCUUCCCCAAAAAUGAGCUUAUGAAAUUACAAGCAAGGAUUCCAUGCAAUGACGUAUUUGAUGGGCAUGAGAUUAUAUCCAGAGAAGCGGCCACUAGGUACAUUCGCUGUUUGUCACAGGCCUGUGGAUGGACCUUUUUAAUGAUAAUAACUUUAAUAGCCUUCUUGAUAAGGGCGAUAAGACCUUGUUUUACUCAAGCCGCUUUUCUUAAAACCAAAUACUGGUCACACUACAUUGAUACAGAGCGCAAACUAUUUGACGAAACGUGCAAAGAGCAUGCCAAGAGCUUCGCUAAGGUCUGCAUACAGCAAUACUUCGAGAGCAUCAGUGGUGAAAUUGUUCCACAGCUCCACCUACCCAUAAAGAAAGGAAAAGGUAAAAAAGAUGAUGAUGAUGGAGAAAAACAGAAGAGUGACGAGGAGAAGCUUCUUGGGGUCCGUAAAGAAGAAGACAUGAAUAAAGUCCUGUGGAACUGGCACACAUGUAAACCUGCACUAAUGCUGAAUAAACGUGCUGAAGAUAUGAACGGACAUGCUCACUUGGAUACUCACAGCAUCUCUGAUGAGCGGCACACUCGGACACCUAAGAAAAACACAGCUGUGGCAUACUACUCCAAAGUCUGACUUCAUGUUUUAAUCUUAUGAAGAACUGAAUGAAGUGCUUUAGCAAUACUCAAUGUCAAGAUAGUCCUGUUUUGCUAUCUCAUUGUAUGUAACUUUUAUUUUAUUAUUUUAUAUCCUCCUUUUGUAAACAUAUUGUUUUGUUAUCAUAAGUAAAUGAGAACAUAAAUAGGAUAUCAUGGGAUUGUCUGUGAUAAUGUAAAGUAACGUGUUAAAGCUGUGACCAAUAUGAUAAUAAUAAUAGAACGAUGAUGACAAUGUUAAUGAUAUGGCACCUUUUCAUCUCCUUUUAGUUUCUUAUAUAACAAAUUAUCUCUUAUUAAAAUUAAGUUAUAAUUCGGCUAGAGUUUGUCUAUAUAAUCCGUCAGUUCCUCAAGGAUUUAUCAACAACUGGUUAUUUUUUCUGGUAUUUAUCCUCACCCACUAAUGGCAAGUUUCUAUGGCAACUAAGUGAUCAGAUUAGUUUACCACAUCCUAAAUUAUGUUCCUCACAGGAAAUGUUAUUAGAUAUUGCAUCUCUACCAAUUAAAUAUAAAAUCCUCUCAGAGAUUGCAUCUUUGGAGGCUUCACUAUAGAAAUUCAUUGCUGUUUGAUUGCAGUUGUCUAAAUGGUUUCGUAACUCU